UGUGCGUGCGUGCGUGCGCGCGCGCGCGCGCGCCUGGUGCGGGCUGCACGGUUGCUCGUCGUUUCUUUGUAUGUGAGAGUGUAUGCUUGUUCGUACCCUGGAGUCAGCGCUCAGUUCUGCGCCCGCAGGGUGUACAGGUACGAGCUGGGUGGGCUUGGCUGUUUGCGUCCUUGCCUUCGCCACUGUGGGUCAGUGUACAUUAUGUGUUUCCGUGCAUAGUUUCUUUUUUGUUUCUGGAGAGUAAAUUCCGGGAGGAAUUACUAAGCUUGCCUAUUCCCACCUGGCUAACAUCGAGGCCGGCCACCUUCUCUCGGCAGCCUGGGGCCCACGUCAGGGCCACCAUGGUGCUGCCUCCAGGCCCGGCUACGCUCCCGCACACACUGCUGCUCCUACCAGCUCUUCUGAGCUCAGGUUGGGGGGAGUUGGAGCCACAAAUCGAUGGUCAGACCUGGGCUGAGCGGGCACUUCGGGAGAAUGAACGCCACGCCUUCACCUGCCACGUGGCAGGAGGGCCUGGCACCCCCAAGUUGGCCUGGUACCUGGAUGGAGAGCUGCAGGAGGCCAGCACCUCCAGACUGCUGAGUGUGGGCGGGGAGGCCUUCUCUGGAGGCACCAGCACCUUCACUGUCACUGCCCAGCGGGCCCAGCAUGAGCUCAACUGCUCCCUGCAGGACCCAGGCAGUGGCCGGUCAGCCAACGCCUCCGUCAUCCUCAAUGUGCAAUUUAAGCCGGAGAUUGCCCAGGUCGGGGCCAAGUACCAGGAAGCUCAGGGCCCGGGCCUCCUGGUUGUCCUUUUUGCCCUGGUUCGUGCCAACCCACCUGCCAAUGUGACCUGGAUCGACCAGGAUGGGCCGGUGACUGUCAACACCUCCGACUUCCUGGUGCUGGAUGCCCAGAGCUACCCCUGGCUCACCAACCACACCGUGCAGCUGCAGCUCUGCAGCCUGGCACACAACCUCUCUGUGGUAGCCACCAACGACGUGGGUGUCACCAGUGCCUCGCUCCCGGCCCCAGGGCUCCUGGCCACCCGGGUGGAAGUGCCACUGCUGGGCAUCGUUGUGGCUGGAGGGCUUGCCCUGGGCACCCUGGUGGGGUUCAGCACCUUGGUGGCCUGCCUGGUCUGCAGGAAAGAGAAGAAGAUCAAAGGCUCCUCCCGGCGCCCAUCUCUGGUCUCUAGGGCGUAUCCCAGGCUUUGUCCGCCCUGUAGUGACUCCAACAACCUGAAACUCAACAAUGUGCGCCUGCCGCGGGAGAACAUGUCCCUCCCAUCCAACCUUCAGCUCAACGACCUCACUCCGGAGUCCAGAGGGAAACCUGCAGACCGCCAGAUGGCUCAGAACAACAGCCGGCCAGAGCUUGUGGACUCGGAGCCUGGUGGUCUCCUCACCAGCCGAGGUUUCAUCCGUCUCCCAAUGCUGGGCUACAUCUAUCGAGUGUCCAGUGUGAGCAGUGAUGAGAUCUGGCUCUGAGCUGAGGGCGAGACCGAGGUGCCCUCUUGGCGCCUGGGCCCCUCUUCUUUCUCCUGCGAGACACCCCCUGCCUGGCCACAUUGCCAACGUGAAGAGGUCAUGCCACUGCCCUCCUGGCUGGGGUGUCCUCUGUGUCAUCCACAUGAUGUGUUUCACUGGGAUCUGACCCUCAGGGGCACAGGUAUCCUUGGCAAGGCUGCCAGCUGCAUCAGAGCCCCUUGUUCUCAGGUCAGGGGCCUGCAUGUGAUGCCUAUGCCCAGGCUGAUGGAGCUCUUUGGCCAGGUGUGUCCAGAGGUCAUCCAGCAUCUAACUGUGGCAUGGCCUUGUUGGCUCGGACGCACUCUCUGCCCCACACCAGUACUCUCUGCACCUUGUACAGCAGGCAUGGGGGCAUGCCUUGUGGGGGGACAGGGAGGGACCAGCACGUCUUGGAUUUCCUCCCCAUGCUAUGCUGCUUCGUUCCCUCAGGGAAGAUUUAGGACCCUGCUAGCUGUAUAAAACCAAACUGCCCUUUGCACAGGAACCAACCCCUGACCCAGGGGCAUUGGCCAAGCACAAACUAGUCCCUUUUGCUGCAUACCUUUCUGCCCUUUUUUGUGCCCUCUGCCCUGCCUCUUCUUGGGCAUCAUAAGUUACACUUUGGACCUUCUCUGCUUCUUCACCUGGCACUAGACUUUUCCAUUGGCCUGGCCCCUGGUGGUGCCGGUGCCUGUGUUAGCACAACUCAGGAGGAAAAGAGGGAGGUGAGAAGUCUGGUGGUAUCCGGGACAGCAUGUAGCUAUGCAUCAUUUUCUUACAGUGUUAGCACUUUAAGCACAUCCCCUGGGGAGGGGGUGAGUGAGGGCCCCAGGGCCCGCUCUGUGGCUUCCCCAAGUCUGACCUUCCAGAUUCACUGUGAGUGCCCUGAGCCCUCAGGGUUGACGGGUUCCCUCUCAACUUGUCUCCCCUGCCAUGGAUUGCCAGCCCUGACCAGUCCCUGACUGCCCAUCUGCAGGAAGCCACUCUUCCCGUCCCACCCUCUGUUCUUUAGGGCAUGGUCAUAGUGGCACAUAGUUUGACAGGGCCAGAAGCUUUAGGGGGACACAGAGAAAGAGGGGGACCACAUACCCCUAAACAACCUAAGAACUCUGAAAAGCAAUGUGGACAUGAUUGCAAGUUAAUGUAGUGCAGGGUAUAUUUUUCCCUUGUUGAUAUCUUGCUUUGUAAUUUUUAUUACGUUACUGCCUAGGACAGUGCAGAACACACAAUAAAUUCAGUAAACCUGACAGUGAAGAUUACAUGUCUGUUUCGCUUCACUUUUUAAAAGAAAUCUUUAGAUCACGCAGAAGAGAAAAUAUAGCAAACACUUGUGUACCCAUCACUCAACUCUGUUGAAUCUUACCAUUUUACCUUAUUUGCUUCAGAUCUUUUAUUUUUAAAAAUGAAUAAUGUUUCUUUAAUUACACUCUUCCCCGUGGCAGGGAUGGCAUUUUCUAUUUCGGGAGUCCCAGGGGAGGGAUCAUAGCUGUACCCAGCUCCUGAGGCUCACUUGGCCGAUACCUCUUGGCAGACACUCUCCGUCUCAGGACUGGCUAAGCCACGCUGAGCCCCGUGCCCUGACCGGGGAGGCUCAGGCUAGGCUGUGAGUUUCCAAAAAAAUUUUUCUAGCGGAUCAUGAGAGAAAAAAAGGAAUAGAAAUGGGAUGAGUUUUUUGAGGGCACAUUUAUAUUUUACUUUUUUAAGCAACAAAUGAGCUUGGCUUGCAUAGCUCUGGGUUUUUCCACCACAGCCUUUCUUCAGCUCUCUCGUUCAGUGUUUUCCUCCACGGGGGUGGCUCAGGCUGCCCCUGCCUCCUGAGGGAAACUUGGUUAUGGCCUCUCUUGAUUUUGCAUGUAAGCUCUUUCAUGGCUUCAGAACUUAGGAGCCGCGUGCCUCGCUGUCAGUUCUUUUGACUCUCUUGUCCACUGUGCCCUUUGGGAGAUCCUAGAGCCCCUUCCUGAUGAUUCUUUGGCAAGGCUACAAGCCCUGCACUCCUCUCAGCUGACUCAAGGUCUUACUUUAGGGGAAAGGUUUCCUCUUCCUGGCAAAUCUCCCAUCCUUGCAAGUGUUUGCUAAGGGGUUGACCUUCAAACGACUGUCCCAAUUCUCCAUACAUGUCCCUUAGAUCAGAGACUCCUGGUUCCCUUGUUGAGUCACAGACCCCCUGGAGCAUGUGAUGAAAUUAAAGCCUUCCAAGAAAAUACAGGUUAAGAAACCCCUGCUUGUUAUGCAAAUCAAGGCUCAUCAAAUUAUAGCAUGGAUGAACCUUGAAAACUUUAUGCUAAAUGAAAGGAGCUAAAUCCAAGAGACCGCAUAUGUGACUUCACUUCUGUGAAAUGUCCCGAAUAGGCAAAUCUACAGAGAGUAGGUUAGUGGUUGCCAGUGACUGGGGGGAGGGAAGAAUGGGAAGUGACUGAUAAUGAAUAUGAGGUUUCUGUCUGGGUGAUGAAAAUGUUCUAGAAUUAGUGGUGACCAAUGCACAACUUUAUGAAUAGACCAAAACCCACUGUUUGUGGAAUUGUACACUUUACAAGGGUGAAAUAUGAAUUAUAUCUCAAUAAAGCUCUAGUUUAAAAAAUCAUCAAA